GCCGCUCCGCUCGCAUCUCCGCGGGGCUGCUUGCUGUGGUGUGCGCGAAGUUCUUGCUCUUCGCGGUGGUGUAUUUUGUUUAAUUUUUUUUUAAUGUGGGUGCGCGGACUAGGGGUCGGCUGCUGAGGCCCAAACCCCGACCCUUCUACGAGCUUCUCGUGCUUUUAUUUUUUUGUUUAUUUCGUUUUGUCGCUUCAGUUUCGAGUCUCUUGCCUUUUUUUUUUUAACCGGAUUAUCUUGCGUUUCCCGCCGCUUGUCCUUUGAGGAGCAGCAUCAGCUGUCAUCUUCUCUGACGUCAGCAGAGGAAGGAUAUAUGGAAGCACAGUCUUCCCGCAACCAUAUCAGCCAAUUUGUGAGUUGCCGGUAUCGAUACACUGCAUUUCAUUGACUUCCUUAUUUAUGACUCUUUUUUUUUCGUUCCUCGGUCAGAUGAAACUAUUUGACGCUAAUUUAGGAUAGGUACCUAAUUAACUUUCAUUUAGUAAUCAUAUCUUUUAUUGCUGUUUCCUUUACUGAUCCUUCAACCAUUCAUUAGAGUGAAGGUACACAGUCCGGGUGUUCUCAGUUAACAGACUUCACGAUCGACUUGACCCGCCUUCACUGGAGAUAGGGUUCGCUGUUCCGUUGCGGCUUCCUUUCUUAUCGAAGAAGCGUUAUCGCCGGCCUUUACCCCUUCUUUGCGGUCUUCUCUCGUGACUCUUUGGAUUCCUUGCGCGUAGCUUAUUGCAGCCGUCAGCUCGACACAUUCCAAGUCGCUGAUACAGCGGAAGCGCUUCUUAACGAACCUAGCAGUGACCUUCCUGCGCACUUAAGCGGUGCGGCCUAGUGGCGAAGCCGAACCUGGUUUUAACGUCGGCCAUAGCGCCUGUACCCUUACUUUACAGCGCGUUCGAAUGAAAGGAUAGCGAUUGCUUGCAUCUAAUAAUGUGCUUAGUAGUCUCUUGAGUCGAAUAAGGAAAAGAGUUUAGGAAGAAACAAGAGUAGGCGCUUAGGUAUAGACUCAAAAGGCGGAAACGGAAAAAAAAAAAAAACUUUAAACCCGAAGCGAAGCAGACGACGCCGUUUUGGUUUCGAGCAGACGAGAAUUUCAUUGCCGCGAGCAGACGACACGAUCACAGGUGACGCCAAAAAGGAACAGAAUAUGCGGAUAAAUUGAGUUAUCUAGAAAAAGUGGCAGGAAAUUGCGAUAAAAGAAAGUGGUUGGAAAAGGAGCCUACCGGGUCAUCUUCGCCGGCGCGCCAUUAUUAUUUUUUUUUUCUCUCCAAGAUGUCGGCUCGGCCCGGUGUUCUCGCGCGCAAUGGACGGUCGUGGAGCCGCAGCCGGCUGCAGCUGCCGCGGCGCGGAUAUCGUCUGCUGCAUAACGGUCGCGAGCAGACGACGGUUUCUGCCGCUGUCGUCUGCUGCGUGCACCGCUCUGCGUCUGCGUGACACUUUCGAAACGCCAUUGCGUUGCGCGGUUGACUUGACAAUGCAUUCUUGCCACGGGUUCGGACCCCGUGGGGCACGAGACGAUUGACGUGACACGAAGACGUAACGCCUGAGGUUUUCUGCGUCGGUGUGUGUUUUUGUGUGUGUGUUCGACGCUCCGUACGUGGGAAAACAUGCGCGUCGCCGGGAACUUGACUUCUGCUAGGAGCAGCAGACGACUGAUCAAGACCCGGAUGAUGACGUCGCCUAUGGGAGUCGUGCUACAUCUGCUUCAAAUCGUCUGCCUCUUUCUUGCUAUCGCAACACCAGUGGGUGCCGCCCCUGCAUUCGAUAACGGCGAUGGCGAGGCGGAGAAGAUCUUCGUGCGCGUCGGCGGCAACGUGACGCUCCGCUGCCCGGACCAUCCGCAGCAAUCCGGUCAGCAGCCUCGCCACUUGACCUGGUGGAAGGAAGACCGUCGGCUCAUCGAGGCCACCCGAGAGCGCGUCACCGUGGCGCCCGAGGCCGGAGCCCGGGUCGCCCUGGUGCCCGGCUCCAGUGCGCUCCUCUUCCGCUCGGUCAUGGCCGAGGACAGCGGAGAGUACCAGUGCGUGGUCAACAACCGCCAGGGGAGGAGGAACAUCGUCAGGCUCUACGUACAGGAUGUCCCCGAUCCACCGGGUAUCCCCAUCGUGGUUGGCUUCACCUCGCGUUCCGUCAACCUGUCCUGGACUUCGAGCGUCAACACGCACAACAGUCCCAUACAACAGUACAUCAUACACAUCAGAAUCGGAGAGAAAGGCGACUGGGACACGCGGAACAAGGUGAUGACGUCAGACAACAGCACCAACUUCCAGGUGAUCGGCCUGAAGCCGUUCACGGUGUACUCUUUCCGGGUGCUGGCCGUCAACGCCAUCGGCGCCAGCAAGCCGAGCAAGGAGUCCUUCUACAUGGUCACACUACGUGAAGUGCCGGAGGGCAAGCCGACCAUCGUGCACGCGCAGAACACGAGCAGCUCCACGAUACGUAUACAGUGGACGGCUCCCCCGAGGCACACCAUACACGGCGAGUUCGAGGGCUACCGCAUCACCUACCGGCCCAGGGACAAGUCGCAGGAGGAGAGCCGGGAGAUCGUCAUCAGGGACAGCAAACAGACGCAAUACACCAUACGGAACUUGGACACUUUCACUCAGUACCUGGUCUCUCUGCAAGUGUUCAACCCUGCCGGACGAGGACCGGCUGUGGUCGUGCCGGUCAUGACCGACGAGGGAGUGCCGAGCCCACCUGUGAACGUGACAGCCGUUAGCGUGACCGACAAAAAGGUGCAGCUGAAGUGGCGGGAACCCGAGAAGCCCAACGGGGUUCUUCAGGGAUACUACGUCUACUUUCAGCCGUCACGCAACGGCUCAGCCGAGCAGCAGCGCCGCACGGUCUCCCACCCGCAGCCCAUUCAGGAAUACGCGCUCACCAAUCUCCGGCCAUUCUCGUAUUACGACAUCUGGGUGAGGGCCUUCACCCACAAACAUCUCGGGGAAUCUAGCAACCUGCUCAAGAUACAAACGGACGUCCAAGGCCCCAGUGCGCCGAUCAUAGUGAACCUGACCUGCCAGUCAUUGGACAGUCUCUUCCUGCAAUGGGAGCGGCCGCAGACCUACUACAACAAGGUGGACUACUACUUUGUGCACUACCGCUCCGAGGAGGCCUGGGGCUUCGAGGAGAUCGCCAUGGCUGCCACCGACCGGCUAGACCACGUCAUGUUCAUUCCCAACCUGACGGCCAACACGCUAUACGAGGUGAAGGUGCAGGGGGCGACGCGGAGUAUCAUUGACCAGACGACCGUGUUCAAAGGGCAGUUUUCUGAUUCCCGGAAGGUGCUCCUCCAGAGUAAGUGUCAGACUUUCAACGAUGGUGCCUAUUCCGAUCCCAGCCUGAGUGCCGCUGUGGUGGCCGGUGUGGUGUGCGUGUCAUUUGCGCUGUUUCUGGCCAUCAUCUCCUUUGUUCUGUGGAAAAAAUAUUUUCAGGCCGCUUACUAUUACUUGGACGACCCUCCAGGAAACAGAGCUUCGCCGCAACUUUCUGAAACCUUUGACGACUCGGAGUAUGCUUCUGUGCACGUGAACCAAUGGGCGAAACACGUGGCCGACUUACAUGCCGAUGGAGAUAUUGGGUUCUCGAGGGAGUACGAGUCUCUCCAGCAGGCUACGGAUUUGGAUCUGUCAUCGGACUAUUCUCAGAUGGCAGAGAACAAGGCGAAGAACCGAUAUGUCAACAUCGUGGCCUAUGACCACACACGUGUUAUUUUGAAGCCUACCCCUGGCCAGAAGAAAUCAGCUGACUAUAUCAACGCUAACUACAUUGAUGGUUACAACAAGCCUAGGGCCUACAUAGGCACCCAGGGCCCCCUGCCCUCGACUUUUGACGACUAUUGGCGCAUGAUCUGGGAGCAGAGGGUGUGCAUUAUCAUCAUGAUCACCAACCUAGUGGAAAGAGGACGGCGCGCUCGUAGCGUUUCGGCAGAGUUGGAUGAUCUUCGUAAGUGCGAUAUGUACUGGCCAAAGGAAGGUACUGAGACCUAUGGCAUAAUCCAAGUGAAGCUGGUCCAGGAGGUUGUCAUGGCAACAUACACCGUCCGAACCUUUGCGGUCAAGAACAUCAAAGUGAAGAAGAAGCAGGCGUCUGAACGGACGGUGUACCAGUAUCACUACACCAACUGGCCAGACCAUGGGGUACCAGACCAUCCUCUGCCAGUCCUCAGCUUUGUGGCCAAGUCUUCUGCUGCCAACCCUCCCACUGCAGGACCCAUGAUUGUGCACUGCAGUGCUGGUGUAGGAAGGACGGGCACCUACAUCGUUCUGGAUGCCAUGCUCAAGCAGAUGCGCCAUCGGCAGAGCGUCAACGUCUACGGCUUCCUGCGGCACAUCCGCCAGCAGCGAAACUACCUCGUCCAGACCGAGGAGCAGUACGUGUUCAUCCAUGACGCUCUGCUCGAGGCCAUCGAGAGUGGAGACACAGAGGUUGGGGUCUCACAGCUGUCUCGCUACGUGCAGAGCUUGCAGACAGCUCAGGUUGGGAACACAGGGAGCGGGGACAACAUCGAAAAGUCCUGGUCACUCCUAGAAAAGCAGUUCAAGCUGGUGACAGUGUUCAAGGCAAAAGAUUUUAACGUGGUGUCAGCUGUGAAGCCCUGUAACAAGGCCAAGAACCGGUCACUCAACUUGAUCCCCAUUGAGUCGCACCGGGUGCACAUCACCCCAAAGCCGGGCACCGACGGCUCGGACUACAUCAAUGCCACUUUCCUACAAGGUUACAAUAGGUUGCGGGAGUACAUAGUGACACAGCACCCACUGAUGACGACCAUGGCCGACUUCUGGCAGAUGGUCUGGGACCACAACUCGCAGACGGUCGUGGUCCUCUCAGUUGUCGACGAAAAGGAGUACCCUCAGUUCUGGCCUGAUGCAGACGAGGAGCAGGACUAUGGGAGCUUCAAGGUGAAGCCCACAAGCGACGAGACGGCCACGACGGCGUCCACUGACACGGCUCCCGCCGACGAGAAGCCGUCCGGUGGGCCGGGCCUGGUGAGCCGGGACUUCAUCUUGCAGUCGACGCAAGACGACUACGAGCUGUCCUGCCGUGUGAUCCAGUGCCCGGGCUGGCCCCAGGCGUGCACGCCAAUGGCCACCUUGUUCGAUCUCAUCCGCACGGUGGCCUCACGGCACGCCGAGGACCUCAACGGCCCCGUUGUUGUCGUAGACAAGUGCGGAGGUACAGAGGCAGCCACUUUCUGCUGCCUCUCGGCGCUCUACAAGCAGCUUGAGAGCGAGAAGUGUGUGGACGUGUACCUGUAUGCGAAGCUGUAUCACAUGAGGAGGCCUGGAAUAUGGAAAUCUCAGGACGACUUCCUAUUCCUGUACCGGUCAGUCGAAAGCCUGCUGGCUGUGAGUAACGGCCCAGCGGCGGCGCCGAUCCUCGCCAACGCCACGAACGGCCAGCUCACCAGCAACGGGCAUGCGGUCAAGAUUGAGGAAGUCGCCGGAAAAAUCGAGAGCCCCGACUGAUGAGAGAAGGCCGAGCACAGUCACUUCAUGCCUGGUCCAGCCGUUCGGAUCUUCUGGUCAUCUCACACCGAGCGUGGCACCGAACGAGUUUUUAAUUUUGUUGCCGCUCCUCGUUUUGCACCACUCUCGCUGCCUCGUUUUCAUUCCUGAAGUCAAAAGGACGACAAAGGGACUCUGGAAAGGCCAAGGAGUUCGUUGUGACCGGUUUCUGAGAGCGUCGGUGCAUCACACCACGUGAUGCAGGCAUUUCCGUAAUGUUCGUUAUGUGUACAGGCUCGUUUUCUAAAUGUGCAUCUACUUCCGAGAAGAGCGAGCACUCUUAAAGCCCCUGUCAAAAAAUGAAAGGACAACCAAGGGAUCUUGAAAAGGCAAAGUAGUUUGUCAUGAUAGGUGAGAGCGUCAAUGCGUCAUGGCACAUCAUGCGCACACUUUUGUAACAUUUCUUACAUACGCACACUUAUUUUUAUGUUUUUCCAGUUCCCCUAAACGUGAGCAGUCAUAAAGCUCCUGCCAAAUGUUUGCACAUCUUAGUGGAUAAGAGAGUGAAAAAAAGUGUAACUGGAAGAAUGCCAUGUUCAUCUGGCAGGUCUUAAUGAUGCAGCUAUCUUGUUAAGUUUGAAACAUAGUUCAAUAGGUAGUUUUGAAGACGCACAAUGCGUCCGAUUUGAGGCAGCUGAUGAAAUUCGCACAUUUCAAAAACAUUUUUUUUUUCUGAGGAGUUAGUUUUUUCAUUCACUCAUGCUAUUACAGAUAGCACAUUUAUUGCUUCUGUAAAAAAUGAAAGAAACUAUAUAUAUGAAGGUUUGACGGGCCUGGCUGAAGUGCAGUUUUCUUAAGAAAAGAAGCAGAUGCCGUUUUCAAAGUUAUGGCCUGUCUUCCUAUGGAAGCCGCAGGAGGCGCAAUACUGAGAAACCAUAGCGUGCAAUUCUAAUUAAUGACACUUAAUUACCACGGUUACUCAUAUUUUAACUUCAAUUUUUCAUUCGGAAAGUUACCUUAGCAACGCUAGACGCUUGCUAUGGGUGCCAUGCUGUAUGUAAUAACUGCUACGGAGCGAUUGUCUGAAAAUCCAUAGCAACCUGGGUCGCGAACCCAAGUGGUGUCGUUCAGUGUUCACGUCCUUCUUUGUCAUGGCAUCUUUUGAAACCUUCACGAGAAGUGGUCUGUGCUGGCAUUUCGAGCUGUAUAUGAUGUAAGAUAGUUGACAUUAUGUUGUACAUUAUUUCGCGUCAUGUUUUCACUUCGCACAUUGUCAACGACUGUGUAGAUUGUCUCUUUCGUUUUACCUUUUUUUUAUCAUAUAUGAGUCAGCUAAAAGCAACGUUUGUGUUGUUUUCAAUGCUUAGUAGUGGCCAUCCUGCUUUUCGACAUAGUGCGUUUGUUUUUCUUGCCACGGUGAAACCCACAAGUGAAGGAAAACAAUGCAUUUGGGGAAAUGGGUGCUUGAACGCACAAGUCCGUCACUGCCAGAUGUACAUUGCAACAGCUGUAGUCUGGGGGAAAUGCGUUCCCUCUUAAGGCUCUCGUGAUAGCUCCAAGUCAACAAGCACAAAAAAGGACUUGUCUCUCUGCACGUUUGGUAGACGAAACACGUCUUUGAAGCACUGCCGUUUUAUCGUUUAUUCUUAAUUUUUGCUGCCAGAGUUUUUCGUUUGAGACCUUUUGCUCGCUUUAUUUAUUUUCUGCGCCCUCCUGUCUGAGCGAUUCUCGUUCUAAGCGAGGAACGAAAACCCCUGUGUAUUUUUAAUCUCGGUGUUUGAGGAGAGACGGACGGUUCCGAGUGACCGGCUGAGGCCUUUUUUUGAGACUGGAGGCGGUGCAUUUCGAGUUCCAUGCCCCUGAUGAUGACACAGCGCAGAAGAAGAACGAUGCGGUCGGGAAUGACACCAACGACGACAACAUUGGAGAUGGCGCGAUCAAAACGAGAGAUAGCCCACGGUGAUGGAAAACACGGCGUUGACGGUGACCAACGAGACACGAGGAACUGUAGUACGCAAGCGCGCGACCGUGCGCAAAGAGGGCUUCCCCGCCGCACGCGACGGAGACGUGCCGAGUUGCGCAAGACGCGCGUUUUCAGGUGCGAGCCUCGACUGAAGAUGAAUAAACCAGAACCGCCUUGACGUCGAUAAUACUGACCACGCCCCCCGGGCCAUUUACCAGCUUCCAAAAGGCGUUUGGCAAAGCAAUGCUUCCUCUUACCCCCCUGAUCCAGCAGCAACAAUUUCUAGUCCGAUAUCAUCUUUGUGCCGUCAGUGGUUUCGCGCAUUUUGUUUUUUCUUUCCUUCGCUUCCGCUCACUCGUCUUUCUUUUAAAUAUUUAACACGCCAAACAAACGCGUGUAAGUGUUGUGCAUUUUUGUUGUUGAUGUUUGUGAUCUGUCGACUCUUCACGUUUACCAUUGUGUUUUGUAUUGUGUAGCAGGUUGCCCUCCCACAAUGGUACUAUCACCUUACCCCACCACUAACUGCCAUAGUUUUUUUUUUUAGCUACCACCGGUCUCAUUCCGAAUGAAGCCGUGGAAAGAAAACGAAAUAAAAUACUCGACAGCAGAGCUAUUUCACCUUAUAUAACACGUGCAUUCCUUCCGUAACUAUUCCUUCGUCAACAGACAUUUCCUUUUUCGUCGACCCAUUGUCAACGUGCUACGUGUAAAUGAAACCAUUUUUUCCCCCAGCCCCCAUUCUUCAACCUCUUCAGCAUGCUCAUUAUUUUCUAUGAUUCAGCCUUGAAAAGUAAAAAAAAAAAAGCUUUUUCAGCAGUUUAGCGUCAAAGAGCGCUGCCUCGCACGACGCCACAACACCUUGGCAUUGCUGUCGAAUCCCGGGGCAGCGUCUAAACAUUGUUGCAGUGUUAUCGGCAGUGUUUUCAACCCAUUGCCGACAGUGUUGCCAGAGUGUUUAGUGUUUUUCCCCGGGUAAUGGUUGUGUGUCAGUGUUUUCUUUGCGAUGCGCACGUUGCUUCCCAAAGACGGACACAUGCCGAACAAAUAAGUAACCAGUAUGCCCGAGGUGUUGUUGUUCGAUAUACUUAAUACACACAUAUAAACUUUGUUGGUAGCCACAUGAAUAUGAUCCCUCCUCCCCGGAAGAGAAGGUAUCCAGCACGAGAGCUUCGAGUUUGUUGACGUAGUGUUCAGAUAUAUAAUAUAUAUAUACAUAAUGUAAAAUCUUCUAAAGACCCAUCGCAUGAACUUGGGAGUUUCCGUAGUUUUUUAAGAAGUGUGGCUUCAGUGAUUUCUCAGUUGCGAGAGAUCUGGCCCCUGUUUUAAUAAUAAGCGGCCCCAGUAGCCAUUUCCGACCUCAAGACAUAAUAUACUGCCUCGUUUGAAAGCUUGUUCGCUAAUGGACUUCACAAAGAAAAGCUUUGUUAUACGUAAGUAGCGACCGUUUGACCACUGCAUCUUUUUUUAAAUUUCUUGUAGAACGUAAGCUGGGUUGAUUUUUCAGUGUACUCAUCGACCAUGGACUAGCACUAUUUUGUGCCAGAAUUCAUCAAAACCAAAGAAGCAGUUCAUUGGACUUACAUAGAGUGCUGGGCUAAACGUUGCGGCCAAAUCGAAUGCCACCACUUGAUGAAAUCUGUCACCCUCUAUAUUAAACUUCCCCAAGUGAUUUCAUUAUUAUCGACUUAGUGAAUCUGGUGGUUCUGUUUUGAUGCAUUAAAAUUUUGUUGUGUGCAGUUUGUGUCCUACAACGAUUCUUGUUUACUGAGGGGUAUUCCUUUACUGUUCCUUUUCAUGUACGUUUCUUUUUUAGUUUUUUUAUGUUUCUUGUCACAUUGAAGCACCUGUUUACAUGUUAUUUAUCUUCUGUAAUAUGUGCAAAGCAACAUGAAACAUUGGAAAACGAAAGGAAACAUGUUUGGUAUAAGUAUUGUUCUGUGUUUGAGUUGUCGCUAUUUUUGGAAGCCGCUGUUGUCUCCAAAUAUCAUUUGGUCUCUGAACUUAGUGUACAAUUCUUUCGUGAGGUCUGAUUGUAUGGCUAUCUCACAUGUAAAUAUAUAUAUUGAAUGUUAAUUAUUAUAAUUAGUGUGUUAUACACAUAGCUGCAUUGUGUGCGUAAUGAAGUACCAUAGGUUUCUGCCGAAUACGUCAAGUUGUGCUUGUCAUCGCAAGUUUAGCUACUUGGUGAUUUUUUUUUUACUCUUUGUGAUCCAGUUGUGCCCUGUUUCUUUCUCUGUACUGAGGUCACUAUUCAUUUCUGACAUUUUUUUGUUUAUUCACUUUUUUUUCUUCCACCUGUUGUAGAUUCGAUUGAUUAGAAACCUUCAGCCUUUUCAUCGACCAGUCUUCUCUCCUGUCUGCUUUACGCUAUUACAUAAAUCUAUAUACAAAAAAAAUCGAUAUAUGUGAUAUGUAUUGACUGCUCAAAAUAAAACAAAGACCAAAUAUGGAUAAA